AUGGACUUUUCUGAAGAGUUACAAAAAGCAUCCAGACUGGGAGACAUCGGAUUAAUUAGAAAUGCACUAGAUCAAUCACCUGAGAUAAUAGAUGAACUUGAUAAAAAACUUGGAUGAGCUCCUUUGUAUCGAACUGUUAUCUGCGGGCACUUAGAAGCAACACAAUUUUUACUAUCGAAAGGCGCAAACCCAAAUAUUCAAAAUCGUCUAGGUGAAACUCCGCUUCACCAAGCUGCUGAUAAUGACCAAUAUAAAAUAGCUGAAUUGCUUAUCAACUAUAAAAGUGAUCCAAAUAUACAGCAAAAUGACGGUGAUACAGCUCUGCAUCAUUCAGCAUAUAAAGGCCAUUUGAAAAUAGUGAAGCUUUUGUUGAGGCAUAAGGCAAACCCAAACAUACAAAAUUUUGUUUUUGGCAAAACUCCGCUUCAUCUGGCUGUUGAAGCUGGGAAUUUUCAAGUUGUCCAAGAACUCCUAUAUUUCAAUGCCUCUCCUCUUAUUUUAGAUCGUUCUGGGAAAGCAUCAAUAGAUUAUACUCACAGCCAAGAAAUUUUGAAAAUAUUAAAUAACGCUAUCGAAAACCCCAGCUUAGGAUUAGAUUUUAAUGAGAAAAUUGAUUAUCCCAUUAUUGAAUGCAAAACAGAAACUAUUGAUGAAGGGCUAGAUCACAGUAUGGACGAAUUAAGAUAUAUUCUUAAAGACACUCCUUCAUUUGAAGAGGAUAAUGAAGUGACAAAGUCUGAAUCAGUUCUUGAGCCUGAAUGUGAAAGAGUUAGCACUGGGAGUGUCAAUAUUAUAAAUUCAUCGAGAACUUUUUCAUUUGGAGGAGAUUUGAGUAAAAAUAACUUGUAUAGGUGGCUAUGCAAUGCAAGACUUGAAGCUUUAUUUCAAACGCUUAUACAUAAUGGGUAUGAUGAUAUUGAAUGUAUUUUUCAGCUGAUGAAAUCUUCGGAGCCACUUAAUAUAAAAACGCUUGAGAAUAUUGGGGUAAGGAAACCGGGAUAUAUUGCUAGGUUUUUAGCACUUUUGGAGCUAGAAAUAAAAGAGAAAAAAGUUAAGCAGCCUAAAAAAUCUGCUUUUUCGUGCUGUUCUGUCCCGAAUUAUGCUCCAGGAAUUAAUUUAUUACCGACUCUGCAAGAAUGAUUAGAACAGAUGGGCUUAGGAUAUUUUCAUCGAUUUUUUAAAGAUGCAGGCUAUGAUGAUAUGGACCAUUUAUUGAUGCUAAUGCACUCUAAUUACCCAAUUACUGAUGAGGUACUCAAAAAUGACAUUGGGAUUGAGAAGGUUGGACACAGACAUAGAAUUUUGGCAAGGUUAAGAGAUGAAGCUCAAGUGAAAAGACACAGAAAACUUACUUCUCAAGUUGCUUUGUCUAUAGAAAAUAACUCUAAAGCAACUGCAUGUGAAUUCUGUAUAAUAGUCUAA